CGUCGCUUGCUUCACACACACUUUCGUUUCUGCCAGAAGGCGCUGAUGAGUGUGGGAACUUAAACAUUCACUUCUCCUUUACAAGAAGAUCAUUUUAUCGUCGAAAAUAUGUAAUCGAAUUAAUGCCAUACUGGUUUGACAGUAAAUACAGUUAGCUCGCAACUUAAGACGGUUCUUUGAACAUCCUAAUGAGAUGUUUACGAUGUAGCGUCAGAUAGUUUUGGUGGAAGGGGGGGGCGAGGUUUGUGUAAACAUCUGAAAAUGUUGACAAGACUCCAAACCAGCUGCUGAGGAAACACGGCCACAUAUCGUUUACUGGGCUCCGGGAAUGAAAUAUUCUGUGAUUGACAAGUCUACUGAGAUGACCUGACUUCAUGUAUUUUAAAAAAUGGCAGGAAUAACAUGGUAUCAGAAAAAGAUCGGAGCCUAUGAUCAGCAGAUCUGGGAAAAGUCACUGGAACAGACUGAGCUCAAGGGCUUCGGAAGCAAACCUAAGAAGACUGGCCAUAUCAAGCAAGGCCUCAUUGAUGUUGACCUAGUGCGAGGUUCUACAUUUAGCAAGACCAAACCAGAGAGCCCUUGGACCGCUCUGACUCGUAAAGGCUUAGUCAGGGUCCUCUUCUUUCCUUUCUUCUUUCAGUGGUGGAUCCAAGUUACAUCUAAAAGCAUAUCCGCCCUCAUCCUAGUUCUGUACUUCCUUCAAGUGGCAGGAGCUGUGUUGUAUUUUGAGGUUCCUGCAGCCUGUGCCAGUGAGGUUGUGGGUCCAUUGUGUCUCAUGCUGUUGCUGGGUACAGUACACUGCCAAAUAGUAUCCACAGAAUCCUCCAGAAGCCCAGACAACAGCCCUGUCCUCAGCCGGACGGCCAGCCCUGUUCGCAGGAAAAGACAGAGGAAGAGUAGAAAAUCAAAGAGGUCUGAGGAUGAGAGCAGCAGAGGGGGAGGGAUAGUAGAACUCAAACUUGAAGACAGCCACCGGCUCUACAGAUCAGAGAAGAGACUGAAUUCCCCAAGGAGGCCUCCGUAUGGGGCUUCUGACGAUCUCUCUAGUGAGGAAGAAGAAGAGGAAGCAGAGCUGCAAAGAGAGAGACUCUUCUCAUCAGCACCUUCCAAAUACGCUCGAGAACUCCGGAAUAGACUUCACAACCUCCCCAAGAACAAUCCACCACCCCAGACUCAGGCAGAGAAUAACGGCAGGCCGACAGAUGGCCCGGUGCUGGCACGUGAAGUCGAGCUUCUGCGGCGGCCCUCCGAGGGCUCACGUCCAGCCUCUGACACAGAUGAUAUGUUAUGGGAGGAGCUUUUACACGAUCCUGACUCCGCCUCCACAGGAAGCAGCAAAAGUGGGGAGGAGGAGCCUCACAGUCAAAGCCACUCCCUCCCUUUUCCCAACAUCACUCUGACGAGUGAUGAGGAUGAAGCCUUACCGCAGCACCAGUUUUCGUGGCUGCAGGCUUGUCACCCCUCCAAAGAUCGUGUCAGUGCCAUUAUCUGGGAGCAAGGAGAGUGUAAGAAAGCUGACAUGUCCGUGCUGGAGAUCAGUGGUAUCAUUCUCACAAGAGUGAAGUUGGUCGAACAAGGGAUGGGUUAUCUGAUAUUCGGCAGUCUGGUCACCGCCUCACUGGCUCUGCUGCCCUACUGCUUCAAACUGGCACAGAAACUGGAUGUUGCCAAUCUCAGUUCUGUGUCUUUAGAGGAACUGUCCACAGUGGCCAUUGGGCCACCUUGUGCCUUGUCCUAUGCAUUCUUCAUCAUCACCACAAUAGAAAGAGUUUUCCUCUCUGGGCUCUUCUUCUUCAUGAUGUGUGUGGCUGAGAGGACAUAUAAACAGCGCCUUUUGUUUGCAAAAUUAUUCAGCCAUCUCACAUCUGCACGCAAAGCCAAAAAAUCAGAGAUUCCUCACUUUCGACUGAAGAAAGUGCAAAAUAUCAAGAUGUGGCUUUCCCUUCGAUCAUUCCUAAAGAGACGAGGCCCUCAGAGGUCUGUCGAUGUCAUUGUAUCAUCGAUUUUCCUCCUGGCUUUGUCUAUUUCCUUCAUCAUCUGUGCCCAGCUUUUGCACAGUCAUCACACAUUUCUGGAUUCAGAGACCAACUGGGAGCUGAUGGUCUGGUGUGCUGCUCUAAUGGUUUUCCUCCUACGCCUCGCUACCCUCGGAGCUGAGACCAACCGAAAGUAUAGCAAUGCUUCUGUGCUUCUGACUGAACAGAUAAACUUAUAUCUUAAGAUGGAGAAGAAACCCAACAAAAAGGAUCAGCUGAACAUUGUGAACAACGUGCUGAGGCUGGCCACAAAAUUACUAAAAGAACUGGACACUCCAUUUCGUCUGCUAGGUCUGACAGUGAACCCGCUCAUCUGCAAUAUCACGAGGGUGGUCAUCCUGUCAGCCAUCUCAGCUGCUGUCAGUGAUUUACUAGGGUUCAACAUCCGGCUCUGGAAGAUCAAACCUUGAUGUGAUGCCUUUACACUUACAACGUCUUAACACUUGGUCCAGAGAGACUCUUAAGUGCACUUGUGCACAACCUACCAGAUGACCAAGUUAUAUUUUAAAAACUGUGCAAAUCUACUGACCAAACUUAUUCAUGACUUUUCCUCCCUACCCCGUGCCUUCGGCCAGUCCGAGCAAACCUGUGUUCAGCUCAAAUUUGUCAUUGAGAUACUCAUUGAUAUUUGAACUGUAAAGAACACCCAUGCUGCAGUAGGUUUUAUUGAUGCACUUGCUUACUGUAACUACUUAACAGCUUGAUGUUAUAAUCCAACCAAUGACCACUAUUUUUUAUAAAUCUAUUCUCUGCACAUUAACUAUCUGGUCUGGAAGCAACCACUUAAAACAAAACCACUAUGUGCCUUGUGAAUAAUUGCAUAUAACAGUACAUCUAGGUAAGCUAUGUAAGAGACAUGGAUAUGUCAACUGCUGAAUGGGUGAUGAAAUUAAAGUUUUGAGUUUUUAGAAAAGGGUACUGAAAAACUUGCACACUGAAGCUCUUGGAAAGAGCACUCUUUACUGGCAAAAUAAACAAAGCUUUCUCUAA